AUGGCAGCAGUGGGCGAAACAUUCCAGAAUCCCCUAAAUGGACAGACUGGGAAUAAAGCAGAACCCAAGAAAGAUGACAAGUAUGUUCCAGCCAGAUUUUUUGGCAUCACUCAAGCAAAAGCUGAGGCCAGUCCUUCAGUUUUAUCAGGUCAGAUUCCUAUGGCCAACACCACUUGUAAAGUUUUGUUUGAUUCUGGUGCAACUCAUUCUUUUAUUACUAGCACAAUUGUUAAUCAUAUAAAUGUACCAAGUGAAUUAUUUACUGUGGGGUUUGGGACCAUGUUACCAUCUGGGGAGGUUGUAAUCUCUAGAAAUUGGCUUAGGGGUAUACCUGUUAGGAUAGAUGGUAGGGAAUUAUUUGUAGACCUGAUUGUAUUAGAUUUAUUUGAUUUUGAUGUAAUCUUGGGCAUGGAUUUUCUUACCAAAUAUGGAGCAUCAAUUGACUGCGAGCAAAAGAAAAUUGUUUUCACACCAGAAGAUGGGAGACAUUUGAGUUUAGGGGGUAGGAAAGAAACCCCUCACCCCUAUCAUUUCGGUAAUGAAGGCUGGGCAACUAUUGCAGCGUGGGUGCUUAGGGUAUCUAGUUAA